AGGAAGCGGCUGAAUUCACCCAAAAAUAUCACACAGGCUGAAGGAGACAAAGUGGAGGCCCAAGUACCAGCCGUUUCAUCUGGAUGAUAAGCCCUAGUCUCGGUGGGACACUUUGGACCCGCUUCUCUAAGAGUUAGGUGGCAGAUAUUAGAGGAUGUGUCGCUUGUAAAGCUGAUACAUAGUACCACAGAACACAGCCGGCGAGUGUGUAUGAAGUUGGCCAUGGCCUCCGGCACCAGCAUCCAAUAUGAACCUGUGGCAGAGAUCGGGGGAGGAGCUUACGGGACCGUUUAUAAGGCUCGAGACACGGAGAGUGGACAGUUUGUGGCUCUGAAGAGCGUGCGUGUCCAGACGGACCAUAAUGGCCUCCCAAAUUCUACAGUCAGAGAAGUAGCUCUGUUGAGAAGACUGGAACAGUUUGACCAUCCCAAUGUGGUGAGGCUCAUGGACGUUUGUGCCACCCAGCGAUCAGACCAGGAGACUAAAGUCACUCUGGUGUUUGAGCAUGUGGACCAAGAUCUCAAGACAUACCUAGAGAAAGUGCCUGCUGCAGGAUUACCACCUGACCGAAUCAAAGAUCUGAUGAGGCAGCUGUUGUGUGGUCUUGCAUUCCUUCACUCUAAUCGUGUGAUGCACCGAGACCUAAAGCCAGAGAAUAUUUUGGUAACCAGCCAGGGCCAGGUGAAGCUUGCUGACUUUGGACUUGCCAGGAUCUACAGCUGCCACAUGGCGCUUACUCCUGUGGUGGUGACCCUGUGGUACCGCCCUCCUGAGGUUCUGCUGCAGUCCAGUUAUGCCACUCCUGUGGAUAUCUGGAGCACCGGCUGCAUCUUUGCUGAGAUGUUCAGGCGAAAGCCUUUGUUCUUUGGCGAGUCUGAAGUGGACCAACUUGGGAAAAUUUUUGAAGUUAUUGGCUUACCACCAGAGGAGGAGUGGCCAACUGAUGUUACACUGUCAAGAAAAAACUUCCCCCCUCUCUCUCCUCGCCCAAUCACUGACUUUGUUCCAGAGAUAAAUGAGGAGGGGGCACAGCUGCUUCUGAAAAUGCUCACUUUUGAUCCGCUGAAGCGAAUAUCUGCCUUGAAUGCCCUAGAACAUCCGUAUCUCCAUGAUGAGAAGACAUUGUCUCAGACAAAAAGCUGAAGUGAUGUUACGAGGUAACACCAAGUUAAGAGCCGGUGUGCCCAAAAGAGGAUUUCAGUUUGAUGCAAACAUUCCCAACCUCCAUAGUACUGUUCUACAUUAUACUGCAGGAGUUUUUGUUACUCUAUAAUUAAAGACUGAGAAAUGCAAUUAAGAAGUGAAGAGGAUCACUGACAUGGAUGCACUGUGUAAAUGUCGCAUUUAAUGAUGUUGACAUCUGCCAGGGCAGUACUAGUUUUUGAUGUUUUCAGUGGUGGCCCCUUCAGCAGGGCUGAUGUUUAGAAGCAGUUCUGAUAUGUUGCUCCUGUUUCAUUUGUGCAGUGUCUAAACAGGAAGGAGAUGACACGUGUUUGUGUUGUGUUCAGACACUAGUAACACCUCGGUUAGAGAAGUUGUGAUUGUGUAUUUGUAUUGAUCGUGCAGACUCGACCAUGAAUGCAUGCGCACACCACAGUUUGCACACAGUCUGAGGAAACAACAAAUACAUUAGUCAUACUCUGCAUGUGAAUACUCAGUACAUGUUAAAGUCGACGAGGAACCUACUGCCCAACCAUCACAGCAAUAUGUCCUAGAAAUAAGUGAGUGAGUAGCAGGGACAAAAUUUGUACAGGCUACUCCGCUACCAUCUGACCAGUACUUUGUUUAUUUAUAUAAUGCCAUGGUCCCUUGGACGCUGCUACCUUUUUCAUGUAUGUCUGCUAUCUUUUUUGAAUUUUCCAGUUACGUUCUUCAGUUACCAUGCUUGAGCUGCCUCGUGGGUCAGUAUGGUGUAGUAUGCACACUGAUGAAGCAUUAGAU